UUAAAGCAACAAAUAACAAAAUGGUAAGGGACAAGCCAAUUCGAGCCCAUAUGGAUUCAGCAGAUACAAAAUUCAUCAUGCUCGAGUAAGAUAUAUUAUUUGACAGCUACCGGACGCUAAAUUCAACCUUUCUUUCACUUUUUUCAACCGUUUUAUAUUGCUUUCUGUAGAGACCUAUUCUUCUUCAGGGCCAUACACGUGCGCUGACGCAGGUCAAGUACAACCCCGACGGCGACCUGCUCAUGACAGUGUCAAAGGACAACGUAGCCAAUCUGUGGUACUCGCACAACGGUGAGCUCGUUGGCACCUACGAGGGCCACCAGGGUAGCAUCUGGAGCAUCGACUGCAACAACGCCACCACGCUGAUUGUCACCGGUGCGGCCGACAACACUGCACGGCUGUGGCAUGCUGAGACCGGCAAGGAGCUGCACAAAUGGGACUUGCCCACGGCCAUCAAGCGCAUCGAGUUCUCGCACGACGACCGCUACGUGCUGAUGGUCACUGAGGAGCGCAUGGGUUACAAGAGCGGAAUCUAUGUGUUUGCCAUUGACAAUAGCAUGCCGGAGCAGAGCAACGAGCCCGUGGUUAUCCUCAGGCCAUCACCGUCCAAGGCUACUGUGGCCGCAUGGAGCUACCUGGACAAGUACAUUGUUGCUGGCCACGAGGACGGCUCUCUGACGCUGUACGACUGGGCGAACGAGGAGAUUGUGCGCCGUGCAUCCGAUGCCCACACCGAGCGGGUCACCGAUAUGCAGAUGUGGAAGGACGGCUCGUACUUUAUUACCAGCAGCAAGGACAAGACCGCUCGUCUGUUCGAGACCACCACGCUGACCCCCACGAAGGUGUACAAGGCCGAUACUGGAAUCAACAGCGCUGCCAUGACCCCUACCCAGGACCUGGUUGUUCUUGGUGGUGGCCAGGACUCCAGCCAGGUCACAACUACGUCGUCGCGCCAGGGCAAGUUCGAGUCGCGCUUCUACCACAAGAUCUUCGAGGACGAGGUCGGUCGCGUCAAGGGUCACUUCGGUCCCAUCAACAGUCUGGCUGUCCAGCCUGACGGAAAGGCCUUUGCCUCCGGUGGUGAGGAUGGUUAUGUGCGCGUGCACCACUUUGAUGUCGACUACUUCAAGUUCAAGUACGAUUACUGAUCUUGUCUUGGUUUCAUUUUCUUUACCCCUCCCUGAUCCUUCAAUCGCCUCGAUAGCGGCUUGUAGUAGCAUAAGUUGGGCUUUUAUUUUAUAAAAAAAGAAAGCCAAUAAGUAGUCUAACCCAAACUUUCGGACUUGAUACAAGAAUAAAAAAUAUUUAUUUUCCCCAAAA